GGCUGGGGCGUCCCGGCCCCGACCCUUCCCGGAGCGGGACCCUGAGGCGGGAGGGAAGGGGCCGAGGUCCCCGAGCGGCGCCGCUCCCCUGCCCGGGCCGGGCACGGAGCCGGGGAGACAGAGCCGCGGUUCCUCCCCGCCCCCGCGUACCUGGCGGCGGCCGGGCGGCUGCUCCGCUCCCCUUCCCUUCCCCUUCGUGCCCUGCCCGCGCCGGGCGCCGAGCUCCACCUCCCCCGGCCGGCCGGCCGAGCCCCCCGCCCGGCCCCGGCCCCGGCCCCGGCCCCGGCAGGGAGACAAAGGAGCCGGGCGGCCGCGCUCCCUCCCCGCCGCCUGGCCGCGGCCCCGGACACUCCCCCGCCGCGGGUUACGUGUGUCCGCCGCGCGGCCGCGGGGAUUGGCGGCGCCGGGCCGGACCGGGGGCUCCGGGGGGCGCUGCGCGGGCUUUGCGCGCUAUUUUCAGCCCCUCGCGCGCCGCCCAAGAUGCGCGGGGCGCUGCUGGCGCUGGCGCUGCUGGCGCUGGGCGGGGGGGGGCGGCCGGCGGGCGCGGAGCGGGAGCGGGAGCGGGAGCGGGCCCCCGCGGACCGGGACCGGGACCGGGAGCGGGAGCGGGCCCCGCUGCGCGAGCGCUUCAAGGUAGUCUUCGCGCCCGUGGUCUGCAAGCGCACGUGCCUCAAGGGGACCUGCCGCGACCGCUGCCAGCCCGGCUCCAACAUGACCCUCAUCGGCGAGAACGGCCGCGCCGCCGACACGCUCACGGGCUCCGGCUUCCGCGUGGUGGUGUGCCCGCUGCCCUGCAUGAACGGGGGCCAGUGCACGUCGCGCAGCCACUGCCUCUGCCCCCCCGAGUUCACGGGGCGCUUCUGCCAGGUGCCGGCCGGGCGCCAGGGCGCGGGGGGGGCCGGGGCGGGCACGGAGGAGGCCGCGGCGGGCGCCAAGCAGGUGCAGGCCGUCUACGCCGUGCAGGUCAUCGCUGACGGCCACGACCCCCCCGCCCAUGGCCCCAAGGCCACGCUCGGCCAUGCCACCUUCACUGUGCCCCUCGGGCCCGGGCACCACUCCGCUGAAGUCCAGGUGCACCCCCCCCUGGUGAACGUACGAGUCCACCACCCCCCUGAGGCCUCUGUGCAGGUGCAUCGCAUCGACGGGCUGGGGGCCGAGGUGGGGGGCCCGGGCGCUCCCCAGCACCUCAUCCCCCACCCUGGACACAAGCCCCCAGCCCCCCACGCCCGGCCCCACACCCCCAAGCCGCUGGGGCGCUGCUUCCAGGAGACCUUGCCCAAGCAGUCGUGCGGCAGCAACCCCCUGCCCGGCCUGACCAAGCAGGACGACUGCUGCGGGAGCAUCGGCGCAUCCUGGGGCCAGAGCAAGUGCCACAAGUGCCCCCACCUCCAGUACACGGGCGUGCAGAAGACGGGCCCGAUCCGGGGGGAGCAGGGGGGCGACUGCCCCCAGGGCUACAAGCGCCUCAACAGCACCCACUGCCAGGACAUCAACGAGUGUGCGCUGCCGGGCGUGUGCGCACUGGGCGACUGCCUCAACACCCAGGGCAGCUUCCGCUGCGCGUGCAAACCUGGGCACGUGCUGGCGCCGUUGCGCACCCAGUGUGUCCCGGAGAAGCCAGAGGAGAAGAGCCUGUGCUACCGCCUGGUGAGCGCCGAGGGCUGCCAGCACCCACUGCCCACGCGGCUCACGCGCCAGACCUGCUGCUGCAGUGUGGGCAAGGCCUGGGGCGCCCGCUGCCAGCGCUGCCCAGCCGACGGCACCGCGGGGUUCAAGGCCAUCUGCCCAGCGGGCAAGGGCUACCACAUCCUGACCUCGCACCAGACACUGACCAUCCAGGGCGAGACCGACUUCACCCUGCACCUGCACCCUGAUGGCGCCGCUGGCCUGCCCCCCCCGGGGCCCCCCCGCCCGGCCCCCAGCCCCCCUGUGCCUGGCCCCCCACCCCUUGACCUCCCAGUCGUCAGCCCCGCAGCCAUGCUCCCGGCGUAUUCGACCAACUCCGAGGAGCAGUUGGUGGAUCAGUUCUACUACAGCCCCACGACGCCCGGCGCCCGCUACCCCGAGGUGGUGGCGCGGCCCACGACGGCCAUGGUGUGGCAGGUGGCGCCGGAGCAGUUCACCCGCAGCGCCGUGGAGAUCGCCCCCACCCAGGUCACCGAGACAGAUGAGUGCAAGCUGAACCGCAACAUCUGUGGGCACGGGGAGUGCAUCAUGGGCGCUGCUGGCUACACCUGCCUCUGCUACUCGGGCUACCGCUGGCACCCGCAGCGUCGUUUCUGCACUGAUGUGAAUGAGUGUGAGGCGGAGCCGUGCGGGCUGGGCAAAGGCGUGUGCAUGAACACAGGUGGCUCCUACAACUGCCACUGCAACCGCGGCUACCAGCUCAAGGUGCACAAGGGCGUGCGCUCAUGUGUCGACAUUGACGAGUGUGCAAAGCCCCAUGUGUGCGGGGACGGUGGCACGUGCACCAACUACCCCGGGCACUACAAGUGUGACUGUCGCCCUGGUUACCGUGUCAAGUCCUCGCGCCAGCCCCUCUGCAAAGACAUGGACGAGUGCGAGGAGUCCCCGUGCAAACACGGCUGGUGCGAGAACCUGCCCGGCUCCUUCCGUUGCACCUGCCAGGACGGCUUCGCCCCCGCGCCCGACGCCCGCUCCUGCCUCGAUGUAAACGAGUGCGAGGGGGGGACGCGGUGCCCCCACGGCGUGUGCGUGAACACACUCGGCUCCUACAAGUGCCAGUGCCCAGCUGGGCUGCGUGCGCGCAAGGACGGGCCCCGCUGCGAGGACAUCAAUGAGUGUGAGUUCCCAGCGGCCUGCGUGGGCGGCGAGUGUGUGAACACGCUGGGCUCGUACCGCUGCCUCUGCCGCCCCGGCUACCGCCUGCUCAAUGGGCGUCGCUGCCAGGACAUCGACGAGUGUGCGCAGGACCCUGGGCUCUGCCUGCCCCACGGCACGUGCGAGAAUGUGGACGGCUCCUACGUGUGCACGUGCGAGGAGGGCUACGCCCCCACCGAGGACCGGCACAGCUGUGAGGCGCUGGAGCCGCUGGUGCACAAGAAGGAGUGCUACCUGAACUUCGACGACACCGUCUUCUGCGACAGCGUCCUGGCCACCAACGUCACGCGGCCCGAGUGCUGCUGCUCCCUGGGCGCCGGCUGGGGCGACCACUGCGAGAUCUACCCCUGCCCCCCUCUGGGAGGGGCCGAAUUCCACUCUCUCUGCCCCGACGGGAGGGGCUUCAUCCUGGACGACAACAUCCUCAACUACGGCAUCCCGGCGCACAGGGACAUCGACGAGUGCUCGCUGUUCGGCGCCGAGAUCUGCAAGGAGGGCAAGUGCGUGAACACGCAGCCGGGCUACGAGUGCUACUGCAAGCAGGGCUUCUACUACGACGGCAACCUGCUGGAGUGCGUGGAUGUGGAUGAAUGCCUGGACGAGUCGAACUGCGUGCACGGCAUGUGCGAGAACACGCGCGGCUCCUACGUGUGCACCUGCCCCGCCCCCACCGUCUACCACCCCCACCACAAGAAGUGCCUCCUGCCCGGGGAGCUCGACGUGGACGAGUGCCGGGACCCCGGGGCCUGCCGCCACGGGCGCUGCAUCAACACGCUGGGGUCCUACGUGUGCGAGUGCAGCCCCCCCCGCGUCGACCCCAGCGGGCGCGACUGCGUCCUGCCCGACACCCAGGCAGACCGGGCAGGCGAGCGGCGUGACGUGUGCUGGCAGCGCCGGGGCGAGGACGGGAUGUGCGCGGGGCCGCUGGGCGCUGGAGCCGUCACCUUCCACGAGUGCUGCUGCCGCCGCGCCCGCGCCUGGGGGCACCAGUGCAGACCUUGCCCCCCCCGCGGCCCCGGGCAGCAAUGCCAGUCGUCGCAGAGCGAGAGCAACUCCUUCUGGGAGAUCAGCCCCCUCUUCCUGGGCAAGGGCCGCAAGGAGGAUGACAGCUCGGAUGAGGACUCUGACGAGUGUCACUGCCUGAACGGCCGCUGUGUCCGCACCUACCAUGGAGCCGUGUGCGAGUGCCCGGCCGGCUUCCAGCUCGACGCCAGCCGCACCCGCUGCCUCGACAUCGACGAGUGCCGGGAGCUGAACCAGCGGGGGCUGCUGUGCAAGACGGAGCGCUGCGUCAACACCAGCGGCUCCUACCGCUGCACCUGCAAGCCCGGCUACGUCCGCUCGCGCCCCCACGGCGGGCUCUGCCUGCCCCAGCGCCGCCGGUAACCCCCCGGGCCUGACCCCGACCCCCUCCCCCAUUUUAUAAGGGCCAGAAAAGGGGCAUUUGGGGGGAUUUUCCCCCCCACCUUUCUAUUUUUUACUCUCGCGGGUUUUUUAUGCUUUUCCUCCUCUUUGCCCCCGUUUCCACAGCAACCGGGAGGGGUUACCCCCCCCACGUGUGGCAGGCGGGGGGAUGGAGUUUGUAAAUAAGAGCUAACGAAGGACAGUGACGCUGUUUUAAUUAAUUAAAGGAAGGGAGAGGAUCCCAGCA